AUGGUGGAAGUGAAGGAUGAAGACCGCAUCGUCCUCGUUGUUGACUUCGGCACGACGUUCUCUGGAGUUGCUGAGGCCUACAGCGGCACGUCGCACAAAGCGGACGAGAUCGUGGUGAUCAGGACGGAAGACCUCACAGCUAGCAUCCGUAGAAUCAGCGUACUGACGAACAUCAGGUGGCCGAGUGCGAGCGGGCUGACCUCAGACAAAGUUCCGUCCGAGAUCGCAUACACAAAAGCCAAGAGCACAAGCUCCUCUGCUGCAGGCCAAGGUGUUCAAGAUACCUGGUCCGUCCUAAUGGGCACUCCUCCCGGGAAAAAGCUCGCUGCUUCAACUCAGCCAAAGCCAGCAGGAUCCGGCAAAGAGACUACAAUCAACUGGGGCUUCGACAUCGCUCCUCAGGAGUCUCGUCUCCGAUGCAUGAAGCUUCUGCUCGACCACCAGGACAUUCCGUCAUUUGUUUCCAGCAGCGAACUCCAUGAACUGUUGGCGGCAUCUGGAAAGACCGCCACAGCAGUUGUUGCCGACUAUCUCCGUGAGGUAUACAAGCAUGCCAAAGCAGAACUCGCAAAGCGAUACGGCACCGUGUUCAUCGACUCGACCCAUCUCCAAUGGAUAUUGACGGUGCCAGCGGUGUGGUCGGACGGUGCGAAGAAUGCCACACUCACCGCUGCGAAGAAGGCAGGAAUGGGGCCGGAUCUCACACUGAUAUCGGAGCCGGAAGCAGCUGCAGUCUACACCCUGCAAGCAAUGCAGCCAAGUCACCUGGAGACCGGCGACAACAUACUCUGUGUGGAUGCUGGAGGGGGACCAGUGGAUUUGAUCACGUUUCAAGUAGUAAAGCUUCACCCACUCCGCAUCGAAGAGUCGGUUCCAGGGUCGGGUGCAUGUUGCGGUGCAGCAUUGCUCAACGUCAAGUUCGAAGAGUGGAUGAAGUCGAAGCUUGGCAAUGUUUUAUUCAAGAUGAUUUGCCGCAGCCAGCCAAGGACCUGGAACACCGCGUUGAAGCACUUCGAAGAAUAUGUGAAGCGUAACUUCGACCCAGACAAUAUGACAGAUUAUCCGAUCGCACUGGCAGGUAUGCCGGACGACGAAGAGGUGGGCAUCGAGCAAGGCUUCCUCACACUGCCUGGCAAGGAUGUCGCAGCUAUGUUCCAGCCGAUUAUAGCGGAGGUCGUUGGGCUGAUUCAUGGUCAGCUCGAGGAGUUGCGCAAGAAGGGCAAGACUGUGGCAAGCAUCGUUCUUGUUGGAGGUUUUGGUCAGUCCAAAUGCCUGCACAAGGUUCUCACACAUCACUUUGGCAAGACGGUUGCCACGAGACUUCCAAAGCGGGUUGGCGCAUCGUUGAAUGGUGUCGAGAUCCUACAGCCCUCGAAUACAUGGACUGCUGUCGUUCGGGGGGCUGUUCUCCGCGGACUGGAAGGAGUGGACAUGGUGACGAGCCGUAUGUCGCGUCGUCAUUACGGUGUCGCCGCGAAUGAGAAGUUCUACCCAUCCAUUCACCCUGCACAUUGCAAAGAAUGGGAUGAAGAGGAAGCCCAGUACAAGGCGAAAGACCGGAUGUCCUGGUAUAUUAAGAAAGGUUCGACCUGCGCGCCAGACGUCCCGCUGCUCUUCCCGUUCUACAGGACUUUUUAUGCUGGUGACAGCAAGUACAUCAUCGAAAAACUCGUCAUCUGCGACAGAGAUGACGCGCCGGCUGGCUACAGUUCCCAGCCAGGCUCAUCAACCAGGAUCCUCUGUCGCAUGCCAGUGAAUCUCGGCACGGUUCCCGCCAAACUCUGGACAUCAGGGGUGAGCAAGACUCGGCGUCGGUUCAAGCGUCUCGAUUGCCAAAUCGGGAUGCAAAUCGAGAGCGGCGGGCUGAGAUUUGAGCUCAAGGUCGACGGGCGGAUGUAUGGCAACGUCACCGCGGAGUUCGAGUAG